AUGCUCUCCAGACAGCAGGAUAAGGUACUCUUCCUUGGUGGAACACUGGCCAGUGCAACGACGUCGGUCAUGCACACUGUUGUUUGCGCUCCAUCCGUUGUCAGAGGUGUUUCACGCCGUGUGGACUCUCUUUUGAUGAGCUCUGAUUGGGUGCAUGACUGUUUCCAAAGUGGUGUGCGCUAUUCUGAGGAUGCAUACCUGCCGCUGUAUGUCCUUGAAGCAUACCGUGUCGUGAUUAGUAGUAUGACAGAGGCGCGUUCGCAUCUGAAGAAUCUUCUGCGGCGCCUUGGGGGCAUGUGUUAA